AUGGGUAUUGACAUAGAGAUCAUAUAUGCAGUUAUUAUCAUUGUGCAAUUCAUAAUUGGGAAUGUUGCAAAUGGAUUCAUAGCACUGGUGAACAUCAUAGACUGGGUGAAGAGAAGAAAAAUCUCCUUAGUGGAUCAGAUCAUUACUGCCUUGGCAAUCUCCAGGAUAGAUAUGGUAUGUUCUAUAUUCUUCAUUACACUAAUAUCUUCACUGCAUCCAGAUUUACAAACGGCUGUGAAAAUGGUAAGAAUAAAAUAUAACACCUGGAUUGUUGCAAACCAUUUCAGCAUUUGGCUUGCUACAUGUCUCAGCAUCUUUUAUUUUCUCAAGAUAGCCAGUUUUUCAAAUUAUAUUUUUCUCUACUUAAGAUGGAGAUUUAAAAAAGUGGUUUCAGUGACAUUGCUGGUCUCUCAGGUCUUACUGCUUUUGAAUAUUCUAGUGUUGAACAUACAUAUCGAUAUCUGGAAAGAUGAAUCCAAAAGAAACCUCUCUUUUGAUUUCAGAUCAAAGAAUUACACUCGAUUUUUCAGACUCUCUCUUUUAAUAAACACAAUGUUCACACUCAUCCCCUUCACUGUGUCCCUGCUGGCUUUUCUGCUCCUCAUCUUCUCCUUGUGGAGACACCUGAAGAACAUGCAGUACCAUGCUAAAGACUUCAAAGACCUCAGCACCGCAGCACAUAUAGAGACCUUGUACAUGGUGGUGGCCUUUCUUCUGUUCUACAUAGUUUUCUUUUUGUCUCUUGCCAUACAACUUUGGACCUCUGUGUCUCAAGAGAAAAACACUCUGUUUUAUGCCUCUAUUAUGAUUACUUUCCCUUCAGUUCAUUCAUGCAUCCUGAUUCUGAGAAACCGUAAGCUGAGGCAAGCAUCUCUUUUGGUGCUGCGGUGGCUUCUGUGCAGGUCCAAAGAUGUACAGACAUUGGUUCCCUGA